AUGGCAGCUAUGACUGCAACUUUCAGCUCAAUAGCACCAGUGGAACUUGGGAAGCCUAGUCAGGAGGAGACAUCAAUGGAAGUGGUAGAAGAGAUAGCUAUAGUAGGUAUUGGCUGCCGAUUCCCUGGAGCCAAUAACAUCAAAGAAUUUUGGAACGUUUUGGUGAACGGGGAAAAUCAUGUGAACGAGAUACCAGGGGACAGAUGGAACCUAGACGCUAUCUACGACCCAGAUCCUGACGCGUAUGGAAAAACCUACGUUCGUCGAGCUGGCCUUUUGUCAAAACAUGACAUGUGGGACAACGUAUUUUUCGGCAUAGCUGAGAAGGAGGCCUCAGAAAUGGAUCCACAACAAAGAUACGUACUAGAGUGUGUGCACAUGGCUCUUGAGGAUGGCGGGAUAACAAGAAGCGAGUUGGAUGGUUCCCCGACAAGUGUAUAUAUUGGCGCUAUGAAUAGCGAUUCUAAAACAUCCAAGGAUGGAGACUAUUCAUUGAUGACCAACUACUCUGUGACUGGAGACGCGGCAAGCAUCAUCACGGCUCGUGUAUCGUAUAAUUACAACCUGUUGGGACCUUCUCUUACUAUCGACACCGCCUGUUCCUCGUCACUUGUAGCUGUCAACCUGGCAACACAGUCCUUGCAAAUAGGCGAGUCAUCCAUGGCGAUAUGUGGUGGUGUUAACAGUAUUCUGUAUCCAGACAUGUUCGUCACUUUGACGAAGGCCCGGAUGGCGUCACCUACUGGCCAGUGUCAAGCUUUCUCUGCUAACGCCGAUGGAUACGCUCGUGGAGAGGGAUGCGGUAUCGUCAUAUUAGAAAGGCUAAGUGAUGCACUGAAGAAUGGAAGACAUAUUUGGGCAACAAUCCGAACAGGCUGUAACCAAGAUGGGCAGACUGCAAAGCCAAUCACCGCUCCGUCUCAAAUCCAACAGAACAGACUCCUCCAUGACAUAUAUAUCGAUUCUUACAACAUCAACCCAAGUCAUGUCCAAUAUAUAGAGGCGCACGGUACUGGUACACCCAUAGGUGACCCUAUUGAAGUCGGCAGCCUCGGGAGCUUUUUCAAAGAGUAUCCUCUACAGCAUGAUGACGUGACGAAACAGCGUUUUAUUGGAUCGGUCAAAACCAACAUUGGACAUCUUGAAUCUGGAGCUGGGGCUGCAAGCCUUAUCAAGACUCUUUUGAUGAUGAAGCAUAGACAAAUUGUACCAUCUCUUCAUUCACUUCCUCGAAAUCCAAAGAUAGACUUUGAGGACUACCAAUUACAUGUUCCAACAUCUGUCUAUCCAUGGCCUGCACUAGAGGAUGGUUCAAGAGCUGCAUGCAUCAACUGUUUCGGAUUUGGUGGAACGAACAGCCACGCUUUUGUACGACAAUGGGUCGAAAAACCAGCAUUGCUCGACCGAAGAAUAGAUGAUGAUAAAUUGAUGUGUGUUCCCGUGUCAGCUAAAUCACCGAAGAGUCUCAUCAACACAAUGAAACAUAUGGUUUCAAUACUGGCAGAAGAACCAUGUGAUCUGAAACAAUUGGCAUUCACUGCUUCGUGCAAACGAGAUCACCAUCGGUACAGAAAAAUGUUUAUUGAGUCAAAUAUUACAGACCUCAUUAAAAGUUGCAAUAAUGUCAUUGAUAUUAUGUCAAACAGCGCAAUUACAUCUAGCAAGAAAUAUAGGAAAGUAUAUGUGUUCUGUGGCGUUGGAACAGCAUGGACAAACAUGGGAAUGGAGCUUGCAAAUGAGUUCCCUGUAUUCACCAACUCCCUCCGACAAAUUGAUACAUACCUGAAGACACUGACUGGGUGGUCUAUUGAAGACAAACUAAGAGAUGGAGCAGAAAUGGAUGACCCCUUCAUUAGUCACAUUGGUAUAUUUGCAUGUCAAGUUGGGUUGUCAGACCUCUGGAAACAUUGGGGAAUCUCUCCCGACGCGAUUGUUGGUCAGUCCGUUGGUGAGGUGGCCGCUGCCUACUGUAGUGGUGUACUAUCUUUGAGUGAUGCAGUUAAAGUAAUUUACCAUAGAUCUAAAUUACUAGCAAUGGAAUCAGGAGGAAGAAUGAUGGUAGUAAGAAAUACCAAAACUACAACAAUAGAGGAGAUUUGUGAUAAGAUUGGUCAUGUCAAUAUUGCAGUUCAUAGCAGUCCAGUAGCAUGUACAAUAUCUGGUGGUGAUAAGCAAGUGGACGCAGUCAAAUCCCUCAUAAUAGAGAAUGCUAAAACGGUGAAUGAAAUACCAUUCUUCCAUGAUUUAAAAGUAGAUUGUGCAUACCAUAGUUAUAAGGUGGAAAAUGCAGCUCGGUGCCUUAAAGAAUGUUUGGAAGGAAUUAAAAUUAAUCAACCAAAUGUACCAGUAUUUUCCACCGUGAAAGGGAGUACUACAGACGAUUUCGGCACGGCAGAUUAUUGGAGUCAAAAUGUCGCUAAAACCGUAAUGUUUCAUCAGGCACUUCAAAAAUCAAUAAAUGAUACGUCGACUAUAUUCAUUGAAAUUGGUCCAAAACCUGUUUUGAAGGCACAUUUAAAUGACAUAUUCAAAGACGAUGAUGUUACAACAGUUCCCUCUAUGAAACUAAACAGUGGUUCAUCACAAGUAAAAUCUUCACUUUGCGAUUUGUACGCAUUUGGAAUCGAUCCACACUGGGAAAACCUUGUGGAAAAAAACAAUCUUGCAACUUUGCCUCAAUACCAAUUUGACGGAAAGCACUUGAUGGUGGAGUCCGAUUACCGAUUCCUCAGAAAACAGGGAUUAAUUGACGAUUCCUCAGGUCAAAACCUCAUGUUGACACGAAAGGGAGAUGACGGGGAAUUUAAGGUGAAAUUCAGUCCCAAGGCAACACCAUUUGUGUACGAACACGUCAUCGACGACGCCAUCAUUAUUCCAGGUGCCGUUUACACUGAGGUGGCGUUUGAACUGGGAAUGAGCGUGAUGGGUAUAGCAGCGGAAGAAAUGCAUGUAGAGUACGACAUUAUCAGCGCGAUCCCUUUAUCUAAAGGAAAACCGUCUUCUCUUGAUAUGACAACUGAGGUAACUGAAGAAAAUGAUGGAUCGACGAGUAUUAUGUUUUCAAUUACUAAAGAUGAAAAAGCCGUUGCGAAAGGGUGCGUUACCAACAGAAACCAUACAACAAAGCAUUCCCUUCCUAUUGAAGAUGUAUGUAUUCGUAAUGGGAAACGUAUUGAACGUAAAGAUAUCUACAGCAAGUUGGCAAAGCAUGGCUACAAAUAUGGCCCAUCUGUACAGGUUCUAGAGUCUAUUAUAUUUGAAAACAAUGAAUGUACUGGAUUUAUACACCUCACCGACGAAGUCUCAAAUCAAUUAAAUCAAACCUCAUUUCAUCCUGCUAUUCUUGACGCUAUGCUACAUUCAAGUGCACUCGAUUUCCUUUCAAAUCAAAAAGAUCAAUCCUACAAAAUAUACCCCAUCCGGGUCGGUAGCGUUUCUGUGCUAAGACCUUUCGACAAACGAAUGGUGUGUUAUACAAAGACAAUACAAAAAGUUUAUGAUCGAAUCAUCACAAAUAUUAUUCUUACUAGACUAGAUGGGAUGGUAUUGGCCGAGGUAAAGGAAAUCGAACACCGGGUGUUGGGCGGUGAUGUAGGGGUUAAUAAUCUGGCAUAUGAGAUCAUUUGGACAGGGGACGACGUUUCUAUGAUUCACUGCGAUACACAGCAUGAUCUCAAUAGAAAAGUAACAAUUUGUUGUAACGACGAAAGUGUUAUAAGCACAUUGAGAAACGUUUAUCCAGAAGGGGAUUCAUUUUGUCUGCGUGAUGCUGCAACGGACCCUAUGUCCGUGAUAUGCUCAGAAGAGACCAAUGAUGUCGACCUGCUUAUAUUUGUUCCAGAUUCCAGCCAUGUCAUGAACAAAAAUGAUAAAGAUGUUUUUGAUAUUGUUUCUAAAAACUGUGAAGCCUUUCUAAAUAUCAUGAAGGUAGGAAAGGAAAUGAAGAAGACGAUAAUAGUUGUUACUGAAAACACCCAAGCAUUUGAAUAUGAAACAGAUUCCAACAGAAACGUCUUAGGUGCUGAAUUAUGGGGAUUUAGCAGAUCUUUGCGAAAGGAGAAUACCAAAUGUCAAAUGAUUGUUAUCGAUGUCCAACCUUCAGUUACCUCAGAGGUGAAGACAUUGUAUAAAACGAUUCAAGCGCAUACAUCAGGCAAUAUUACCUUGCAUAAUGAAUGCAUCAUAAAUGAUGGCCAUUUACAUAGUAACUUCCUACGACGACGGCCUCAAAGUGGACUGCAGAUCGAGCACAGAACAUUAUCUACAGACACACACCUUGACCUCCAGUUAAGGUCAACUUCAUCAGAUAAGAUAGAGAGUCCUUAUCUAAUAUCUGUAGAUCGAUCCUUUGAAGUAGGGAAAAAUGAAGUUUGUGUUGAAGUCGAUCAGAUGUGUAUUCACUUUCCAACUGAAUUUUGCGUAACAGAGCUGGAUUCAAGUCUCGACAAGUCACUUUGGUCCGACUACAAAGACGGAUAUCCUGUUAUAGGAUUAGAGUUUCAAGGGAUAAUACGGGAUUCAAAAAUGUUCAAGAAAACACCGAGGCGCGUAGUGGUAUGUUACCCAACACGAAUUACCAAUAGGAUAACUGUACCAGAACUUUGCGUUUGUCACUUAGACAGUUUGCCGAAUUACAUACCUGGUCUGAUCAUUAAGUGCUUGCUGAUGUGGUCUAUCACUGCGAAGGUCAAACGCAAUUCUAACGUUUGUAUUGUGACAAACUCAAACACGUCCGAUGAUCCAGCAGUCAUCAUUCUCCAGGACAUGUUAAAAACGGUUAAAAAUUGUCGAGUUCAAAUUACGGCGAUAGGCGCUUUAGAGGAUGUCAUUGAAAGUGGGUGUAAUGUAUUUGUUGUGCUAGAAAAGUUUUCCAAAGCAGAAUUAUCCUGUAUUCUACAGCCAGGAAACAUUAUCCUGGGAUUUGACGAUGCCAUGCUGUGUUUGUCAAAUCAAGUUAUUCAAUUCAAAUCAAAAAGGAUUCAUGUCCAUAUCAUUACAAAGGUUAACGUAUUCGAGGAAAACAACAUUAUCAGGAAAUUCCCAAAGGUAAAACAUUGGCUGACACGGCGCUUAAAACGACUUGACCUUUCGGAAAAUGCCCGCAACUCGAUGCAACUUCAGACCAUCAGAUUAUCCGACACAUGUAAUGAUGGAAAAAAAGGAAAUAUAGAAACAAAAGCAAUGGGAGACAAACUCUUUCACAAAAAUGCAGCAUAUGUGGUGGUAGGUGGGAUGACGGGACUUGGUUGGGAGAUAGUAAAAUGGCUGGGUAUGACAGGCGCAGGCGUGGUAAUACCAGUAUCAAGAAAAGGUAAGAAUCCUGAUAUGAGUCAACAGCUCCAGAAUGCAAUGGACCUACACAAAUUUAAAAUUGUUCCAAUGAAAUGCAAUAUUGUCAGUUAUGCUGAUGUUGAGAGAACAUUUUCAUGCAUUAAGAUGCAAUUUCCUAAUCAUCCUAUUAAGGGAAUAUUCCAGGGUGCAGGGGUUCUGAGAGACACGCGUAUUGAUACCAUGACAAUGGACAAAUUUAAUGAUGUGCUUCAACCAAAGGUUACGGGCACAUGGAACCUUCACCUUGUAUCAAAAGAGUUGCCUUUGGAUUUUUUUGUGAUGCAUUCAUCGGUCACAUCUGUCUUCGGAAAUGCCGGUCAGACUAAUUACGGUGCUGCGAACUCAUUCAUGGAUUCACUGGCUUGGUACAGAAGAGCAAAUCACUUGCCUGGACAGAGCAUAAACUGGGGUGCAUUGGCUGUAGGUAUGGCAAAUGACGAAAUUAUAAGAAAUAACCUAGAAGCACAAGGGUAUUAUGUUCUUGAAACAGACAAGAUCAAAGAAUGCCUCCUUGAUGCCCUUAUUAGAAACCAUUGCCAAAUUAUAUAUGGCGCAUUUGACUGGAGCAUUGUAGGACAAAAUCCCGCCAUGAUGCGUACUCAAGCAUUAGACAAAGAAGAGGCUGCUGUAGUAGGCAAGUCGAAUCACAGCCGCUUUGACAACAUUGUUCUGGACAUUGCCGAAUUCAUGGAGGCACCUUUUGAAGACCAGAGGCGGACACUAGCUGACUUGCUGUUUAAUAGUAUCUCUAGGGUGUUAUCGAUAGAUGAAAGUGAAUUGGAAGAAAACCAAAACCUUCUCGGUCUUGGGAUGGAGUCCCAAAAGGCUGUAGAAUUGAUUCAGAUAAUUAAAGAAGCCACCGGUUGUCGACUGCCAGUUGCAUAUGUCCUUUCUACUGAAUAUACCAUAGGAAUGCUAAACGACUUCAUACAUUCACAUAUCGUUGAUAACUUCGUCAAGGAAGCAAAUGGUGAAUUAGAAAUGAAAGAGAACGUAUAUGGAUCACCUUCAUGGAUGCAAAAGUUCUAUAUUGACAUGCACAACAACUGUGUCUAUGAUUCAAGUCUUUGGUUCAGCGUUGACUUCAAAUUAGGUUCUGGUCUAUCAAAUGUCGAUGUGUGGCGCACUGUCUUGCGAUGGAUCACAAUAAAAAACGCGGAACUUAGAACUCUGUAUCAUCAUACCAACAAGCAAAUUAGAUUUGGUAUGGAAAAGGUUGUUGUGGAUCCGGAGGAUUCUAAGAUAGAUCUACGUGUUGUCGACUCUAGUAUGUUAUCGCGGGAAUGGACAGAACAGGAUAUUAAACAAUAUUGUACUUUUGAUAUAACAGCAGAUCCCCCUUUACGGGUUCUGUAUGGAAACACUGGCAAAAAACAUCACAUCAGAUUUAUAUUGUGCCACGUCACUUUUGACUUGCAAAGUUUCUUCAUAUUACUUCCACAGUUUCGAUCUUAUUUCCUUACAUAUUUCUUAAAGAGGGAUAUAUGUAUUACACCGCCAGAUAGCCCGGAUAUAGCUGAAUUGAUGGAAGAACGUCUUGACCUCGAUAGGCUUUCCCUAGAAGAGUUCUGGAGAGGAGAACUUAAAAAGAUUCAGGAUAUUCCAACUCUUGAUACGUCCGAUCUGGAAUUGAAGAAUGACUUGACACUAAUAUCGAAAAAGACGGAUAAUGUGUCGUUGUUGUUUCCAAAACAAUUAGUGGAUAAAAUGAUUAACAACGAUCACGGUAUUACGCCCUCCAUUUUACUCUUCUCUUUGUAUCAGAUCAUUCUCCAUAAGAUGACAGGCAGCGCUGUUAUUCCAGUUGUACUGACAGUGGAUAUGCGCCGAUACUUUCCAGAAUUUAUUGACAGAAUAUUUCUUGGCACCAACUAUGUGCCAGUCAUCACAGAAUUCCCUGAUGUGUAUGCUACUCUUAGAGAUCUCAUUUCAAAGUGUUCCAACCAGAUGACGAUGAGUAGUGCAAACAGCAUAUACCCAUACUUGCUUAUCAAGCAAACCGAUGUCUCUGGUGCUAACUGUUUCCGUCAUUUCUUUAAUGUUAGAGAUAUAACUUUUCGAGAUAGAAAUCCAGUGUUGACUGAUUACUCCAUGGAACAUGCAGGGCACAGCACAGGCUUCCUCAACCAGAUCGAAACCGCUUUGAAUGUUUUUGCAGAUCGUCAGAAUGGAACAAUAGAAUUGACAUUAAGUUAUGACCCGGCAAUAGUGAGUUCGUCGACAGCGAAGCGUAUGGUCGAUGAUCUUUUGUUAUUGGCCUGCGUGAGUGUGACAAAUUCCGAGUUCCAGCUGGAUGAACUUCCAUUAGAGUCCUGUGUGUCUAACGCUUCAGACAAAAUUGACUGCUUUUUGUCAACAGUAAAGUUUUUGAAAGAAACUUCAAACGGUUGGGAGCAUCCGGUAAUGUUGAAAGUGGACAUGGAUAAAGAAGUGCCGCAAAUAACAUGGAGAAAUCCAGAUACUAAGGAAAUAUCAUUGCGAAGCAUAAUCCCGGUAUCAUCUGUCCUAGAUGUAGAAACAGGGAAGCUAAACAUUCUCGAGGAAAAGGGUCAGGGCCUUGCAGAGCCUGAAGGCGGUGUGCAAAUGGGCAAAAACUCUGAGACUCUUUUUCUCUUUUAG